AUGCCAUCGGCACGGACGUCGUUGACGAGGCAAGCCGCAAAUGGCAAUGCGGUUGGCUCUCCGUCUGCUUCCUCGACGCCGUCCAGAGAAAAAGAGGACGGAGGCAGGAUCAUCGCUGGAAAGGCAAAGGCAAAGGCCGAGGACGAUGUACCGGCGCUCAUCAUCGAUCUCGGUUCGCACAGCAUCAGAAUUGCCAAUGCGAAGCGCCACCUCCUGACGUGCCCUAACGCUAUCAUCCGACAGCGUUCGUCCUCUUCGUCGUCGUCAUCGUCGGAGCUGCUGGUGGGACCACAGAUCGACUGGCGAUGCACCUCGUUUGGAUCCCUUGCAUUGCGCUUUCCAAUGGAGCGAGGCUUUAUCAUCGACUGGCCCGCUCAAAAGCUUAUCCUCGACGUUUCCCUCGCUGAGGCCAUGCGUAUCGAGCAUGAGACCUCUUCUGCUUCUUCGUCGUCUUCGUCUUCUUCCUCCUUCGUCGCAAUGAUGGGCCAGCAGAGGCUUCUUGAAGGGCGAAAGGUCAUCGUCACGGAGUCCGCCCUAAAUUUCGCCGAGCUGCAACAAUCGCUCGAUGUCGUCUUUCUCGAAGAGUACGGUGCAGGCUCGCUCUGGCGCUGCUGUGCCCCACAGCUUGUCCGCUACGGUCUCAAGCCGGCCGCCCAAUGCCAGUUGAUCGUCGACGUGGGCCACGGCGCUACCCACAUCGUCCCCAUGCUGGACGAUGACGUCGUCUGGAAAGCGGUCCGGCGGCAGCCCAUCUCGGGCCGCAUGCUAACGAACCUGUUCAAGGAAACGCUCAGCUUCCGACAAUGGGACAUGAUGGACGAGACGUGGCUUGUGGGCCACAUCAAGGAGCAGUCGUGCUUCCUUGCUUCCUCACUUGGCGGGCUGCCCACACAAUCGAGGAGGCGCAAAUCACACGACCAGAGACCGAGUGACUGGAGCUAUGCGGAUCUCGUCGAAAUGUGCCAGGCAACAAGGAGGGCAAACAACCCGAUCGUGCAGGAGUAUGUCCUACCAGAUUACUCGAGGGCCUUACCGAGAGAAGACAGGCUCGGGUACAUUGCAAGGGGCCCGAAUGCGAGGGGAAGGAAGAGGUCAGUGGCGGAGAAUUGGACGGAGGAAGAUGGUUUCAUUGCAAUCAGGCAAGACCAAGAGGGUCGAUCCGAUGAUAGGCGCGACGGCGUGCUUGGCAAUCGAGACUUGGAAGAAGACGAAGAGGAAGAAGAAGAAGACGACAGCGACGAAUUUCACGAAGGCCAAGAAGGAGACGAAGCGACCUCAGCACGGCCGAAAAGGAGACAGAAGAGGGAUAAAGCAAGCAAGAGAGUGCAGGGCGAGCCAGACGACCAAUUGCUCAUCCUCGAACGUGAACGAUUUCAGAUUCCGGAAGUCAUGUUUGAUCCGGGGAUGCUGGGCCUCUCGCUGGCGCCCCUCCACGAAGUCAUUGAGGCCAGCAUUGCGGCGUGCGACGAGGCCAUGCAAGGCCCGCUUUGGUCCAACAUCGUCCUCGUUGGCGGAGGCGCGAGGAUGCCUGGGCUCAAGCAACGACUAGAGGGCGAGUUGAGAAUGUUGGCGCCGUCUGAGUAUCCCGUGAAGGUACAAAUACCAGAGGACCCAGUCCUGGCGGCUACUCGAGGGGCCCAGGUGAUCUUAUCGGCUGCAACUUCGAGCAGCCUCUCUCGCAUGCUUCGAACAAGGAUGGUCAAUGGCCAGGAUUGGACACCAGAUCUGGCCAAGGAGAGAUUCGCUUCCUGGAAUUCGUCCUCAAAGUAA